UCAUAAUCUUGGAGGUUAAAUAAAGGGUUAAGUUUACAAAAAGCUCCACAUGUUAUACAUUCAAAGUUCUCAUAUCUAACAAUGGAAAAUAUAGAAGAGAAAGGUUCUGCAAAUGGAAAAGAAGAUUAUACAGAAGAUGGGACUGUAGAUCUUAAUGGCAGACCCAUUUUAAGAUCAAAAACUGGAAGAUGGAGAGCUUGUUCCUUCAUUGUUGGGUAUGAAAUAUUUGAGAGAAUGGCUUAUUAUGGGAUAGCUUCAAACCUGGUAUUGUAUUUGACGAAGAAGCUUCAUGAAGGAACUGUGACAUCCUCAAAUAAUGUCACCAAUUGGGUUGGUACUGUUUGGAUGUUGCCCAUUAUAGGUGCUUACAUUGCAGAUGCUCAUCUUGGCAGAUUCUGGACUUUUAUCGUUGCAUCUGCCAUUUAUCUCUCGGGUAUGAUCCUGUUAACUCUAGCAGUUUCAUUGUCAGCACUAAGGCCUCCAUCAUGUGGUCCUAAUAUCAAAGAAGAGGAUUGUGACAUAAAGGCCUCAGCUCUCCAAAAGGGUGUCUUCUACGCAGCACUCUACAUAAUUGCAGCAGGAACCGGUGGAACCAAGCCAAACAUUUCUACAAUGGGUGCAGACCAAUUCGAUGAUUUCGAACCCAAAGAAAGGAUUCAAAAGUUAUCGUUCUUUAAUUGGUGGAUGUUCAGCAUUUUCUUUGGUACUCUAUUUUCAAACACUUUCUUGAUCUAUAUACAAGAUAAUGUGGGUUGGACUCUUGGCUAUGCCCUUCCAACAGCAGGGUUAGCUGUUUCAAUUGCUGUGUUUUUGGUCGGCACUCCAUUUUAUAGGCACAAAUUGCCUGCUGGAAGUCCAUUCACUAGGAUAGCUCAAGUACUUGUGGCUGCUUUAAGGAAGGCAAAUGUUCCUCUCUCAAAUGACCCAAAAGAGCUUCAUGAACUUAGCCUGGAAGAAUAUACAAAAUCAAGAAAAUUCAGAAUUGACCACACCCCUUCAUUAAGAUUCUUUGACAAAGCUGCAGUGAAGAGUGGGUCGAGAUCCCCAUGGAUGCUAUGUCCUGUGACACAAGUAGAAGAAACAAAACAAAUGAUAAAAAUGCUUCCAAUUUUAUUAAUCACAUUCAUACCAAGCACAAUGUAUGCUCAAGUACACACUUUAUUCAUCAAACAAGGCACUACCUUAGACAGAAGAAUGGGACCUCAUUUCGAAAUCCCUCCAGCAUGUUUGACAGCAUUUGUAACAAUCUUUAUGCUCAUCAGCCUAGUCAUAUAUGACCGUUAUUUCAUCCCUGUAAUUAGAAAAUAUACAAAAAACCCAAGAGGAAUUACAUUGCUUCAAAGAAUGGGAAUUGGGUUUAUCUUACAUGUGAUUAUAAUGGUCACAGCUUUCUUAGCAGAAAGAAGGAGACUUAAUAUUGCCAAGGAACAUAACAUUGUUAAGAAGGACGAAAUAGUUCCUCUCAGUAUAUUUAUUCUUUUGCCUCAAUUUGCUUUAAUGGGGAUUGCUGAUACUUUUGUUGAAGUUGCAAAGAUAGAGUUUUUCUACGAUCAAGCGCCCGAAGGAAUGAAGAGCUUGGGAACUUCAUAUUUUACCAGUAGUUUGGGAAUUGGGAAUUUUCUCAGUAGUUUUCUGCUAAAGACGGUUGCUAACAUUUCAAAGAAGAAUGGACAAAAAGGAUGGAUUUUGGAUAAUCUAAAUAUCUCACACUUAGACUAUUAUUAUGCAUUUUUGGCUCUGUUGAUGUUCAUCAACUUGCUAUUUUUCUUGGUUGUGGCUAAGUUCUUCGUUUACAAUAUCGAUGUGGACUCGAGAAAGGAUUUGCAGGAAGCAAUUGGAGCUUCAUCUCCAGAUAAUAAGGUAAAUAACCAUGAAAAUAAGGAAGACUUGAAGACUGGAGAGAGCUGAUGAAGUAGACAAUCUUCUACAGAAUUAUUGCUUGUUAGAAUCAAUGUGAAGAAAGGAGAAAGUUCAUAUUAAUAAUAUAGUGGGUUAAUUAUAUUUGUGGUGUAUAAACUUUUUAUUUCGUCA